AUGAGUUCGUCGAUCAGUCCAUCCAUGUCUUACACCAUGUCCUCCAUGUCGGGCAUGAAUAUGUCGGGCUAUUCACCGGCGGGCCAGUCAUUCACAUCCAAUAUGAUCGCAUCCAACGCGGUUCCAAUGGGUACCAGUGUUACGGCGCCCACACCUUCAGGUAUGUCCGGCAUUCCCGGGUCGGGCGGCGGCCCCACUGGCGGGCCGUGUAUGUCACCGGCGGCCGGAAGCACUGUCACGCCGUUGUCGUCGAUGAACUCGUUGAACUCGCACGGCAUGAAUGGCAUGACUUCGCCCACAUGUAUGGGUUCCAUGACCUCAAUGAACGGUGGUUUGGUGUCGGGCCGCGAGUUCGGGUCGUCUUCAUCGUCGGAACAGAUGAGUUCGGGUGCGAACGCACUCCUCCAGAGAGCCAGAGCUGACAAGUCUUACCGCCGAAGCUAUACCCACGCGAAGCCUCCCUAUUCGUACAUCUCAUUGAUAACGAUGGCUAUACAGAACUGCCCCUCAAGAAUGUUAACCUUAAGUGAGAUCUAUCAGUUCAUAAUGGAUUUGUUCCCAUACUAUCGUCAAAACCAACAGCGAUGGCAAAACUCGAUCCGACAUUCGCUUAGUUUUAAUGACUGUUUUCUGAAAGUCCCGCGAACUCCCGACAAACCGGGAAAAGGGAGCUUUUGGACACUACAUCCCGAUUCGGGUAAUAUGUUUGAAAAUGGCUGUUAUCUUAGACGACAAAAACGAUUCAAAUGUGACGUCAAGAAAGACGGCGUCCGCCAGAGCCAGAAGUCGACCAACAGUUCCGGUUCGAGCAAUGGUAACAGCAAUAGUCACCAGUCUAUGGGCGGAUCCGCUAAGAAUGCUAUCGACAACAGCCACCAGAACGCUGGCAGCGGAGGCGUGAGUCCGUCUCAAAUGAAUGGCGCGAUGACUGACCCGUAUUCACACCAUCCACACCAUCACCAUCUCGACCAUCACCGACACGUCAACCCAAACAUCGGCGACGACUGUUCAAAGUUAGACCAAUCGGCUCAUCACCACCCGUCGCAGAUGGAGCACCACAUGCACGCCGGCCUCUACGGCUCCGGGACUGGUGUACUCUCGCACCACCAAAGUAUGCUUCUCGCAGGUCAGUUGAAAGCUGAUCCCCAUUAUAGCUCCACUCGCGACCACCCGUUCUCCAUCUCCAGCAUAAUUGCGAGUGAGAAUAAGGCAGAUAUGAAACUCUAUGAGAUGCAGUACGGAGCCUACCCUCCCCUCUCACCCAUAGCACCCGGUCAUACGCCUAUGGCUAACGAUACCUCAUACUAUCAUCACUCCUCGCUAUAUCACUCGGCAUAG